UGUCGCUCGAGACGUAUCCCCCACCCCCACCCCACUCCGCGCCUGCCGCUUUGCGUUCCUUCUCCCCAGGCCCAGGACACUCUUCUUUCUCAUCAUUUCACAUUCAAGCUCCUAGAAGCACUACAAUUUUAGCUUUGAGUUUCUGCAGAAAUAUUAGAAAGAAGCUCACUUGAAGGUGCUAUAUGCGUCGUUGGAAGUGAGCCCAUCUCUCGGUUUCUUUCCCUGCCUGUAUACGUGAGUUUUUCCAAUUCAAACCCUGUUAGUUUUGCUCUUUCAUGCAGUUUGAUGAAGGUUUGCUCUGGUUUUUGCUUGUCGACAAUAUUCAGGGGCCACUUUAACACAAAAUAUUGAAGGCUGAAAACCUACUCCAAAAUUCAUUUACAUAUAUUUUCUGGACAAUAAUUUAUUGGUUUGUCCAGCAACAAGUUCAAAUUAAUAAAAAGUGCUCAGCGCUUUAGUAGAAGGGAAAAAUACAGCCCUGUUGAAGAUUGAAGCUAAAUUCUUCAUUGCUGAUGACGCUCAAGAUAUGGCUUCAAGCUAUCCUUUUAAUUUGUGGAGUUUUCUUCAAGGCAUCAGGUGCAUUUGUUGGGAUAAAUAUUGGAACUGACGUCUCAAACCUACCUUCAGCUGUUGAUAUAGUUGGAAUUCUUAAAGCUCAGCAAAUAACUCAUGUGCGUCUGUUCGACGCUGAUGCCCACAUGCUGAAUGCUCUUUCAAACACAGGCAUUGAAGUUAUGGUUAGUGUUACAAAUGAAGAAGUCCUAGGUAUUGGAGAAUUACCAUCGACAGCAGCAGCCUGGGUUAAUAAGAAUGUUGCAGCUUAUGUUCCCUCAACUAAUAUUACGGCAAUUGCUGUAGGCAGUGAAGUUCUUACUUCGAUUCCACAUGCUGCACCUAUUCUGGUUCCUGCCAUGAACAACCUAUAUAAAGCCCUUCUUGCUUCAAAUCUCAACUAUCAAGUCAAAAUUUCAACGCCACAUUCAAUGGACAUAAUUCCCCGGUCUUUUCCUCCCUCUACCGCCACCUUCAAUGCAACAUCCAACUCUACUAUUUUCCAGAUCCUUCAGUUCUUGAAAAACACAAAGUCCUAUUACAUGUUAAAUGCUUAUCCUUAUUAUGAAUAUGUUAAGAGCAACGGCAUUUUUCCUCUCGAGUAUGCUCUUUUCAAACCACUCCCCCCAGUUAAACAAAUCGUCGAUCCAAACACCCUGUUCCAUUAUAACAGUAUGUUUGAUGCUUUGGUGGAUGCUGCUUAUAACUCUAUAGCUGCUCUCAACUUUUCAGGAAUCCCUAUUGUUGUUACUGAAACUGGUUGGCCGUCAUUUGGCGGCUCCAAAGAACCUGAUGCUACUGCAGAAAAUGCAGAGACAUACAAUAGUAAUUUGAUAAGGCGUGUGUCUAAUGAUUCAGGCCCCCCUAGUCAGCCCACCAUUCCCAUCAACACAUACAUUUAUGAACUGUUCAACGAAGACAAAAGGCCUGGGCCUGUCUCUGAGAGAAACUGGGGUGUACUUUUCACUAACGGCACUGCCGUCUACGACGUAAGUUUGAGUGAUUCAGAUAGUCUUGGUGCAAAUUCUUCCACAGCUUUUUGUAUCGCAAGACCAGGUGCAGAUGAGAGCUCAUUGCGAGAUGGACUUAAUUGGGCUUGUGGGCCUGGCCAAGCUAACUGCGCGGCCAUUCAGAAAGGGCAGCCGUGCUACUCCCCUAAUACAGUGCAAAAUCAUGCUUCUUAUGCUUAUAAUGAUUACUAUCAGAAAAUGCGCAGCUCUGGCGGGACUUGUGAUUUUGGUGGCACAGCUUCGUUAACUACUGCCGACCCUAGCUAUGGAUCUUGUAGAUUUAUAGGAAGUGGAAACUCGAGCAUGGGGGGGCUGUUUCCACCUGCCGCACUUGGACCCAUUGGCCCUUCUUCCGGUAGCUCAACGAGUAUAGUCCUCCGUUUUGGUAGAGUAGUUGCAGUAGUUGCUCUUCUUGUUUUGCUUGAUUUGAAUUUGAGAAACAUUUUGUAAAAUACCUGGGAGUCAGGAUCUGUCGGCCGUCCUCCUCCGGUAGCUCAAGGACUGUAGUUGGUAGAAGAGUUGUAGUAAUUGCUGCUCUCUUUUUGCUUGAUUUGAAAUCGGGAAACAUUUUGUAGCCUGACUAGAGACUGGAAUUCUGACCUGUUGCAUUAAUUGUUUGAAACCAUUCUCAGAUUUGGACAAGGUUGCAAGAGAAAUCGUGAUUGUUUUAGAACUUUGUUUCACUUGUUUCAUGAAGCCAUUUUAAGAUUUUAGCAGUA